AACACGGCGAGGAUAAAGCAAGAUGGCGUCUGACGGUGAAGACGUUAUUGCAGUCGUCACAGUUCAAUGUUCUUAAUCUGUGCCUCCAUGUACACAUAUAUGUCCUUUAUUACACUCUAGUAAAUAGAGUAAACAUCGUUAAUAACUGUUUGCAUCCGGUUAUAUUAGUCUGAGCGCACUUUGAUGCUUCUCGAGCUAGCUUAGCCUGCUAGUUAGCUUAGCUUGUUAGCUGCUAACAAAGAGAGGCGGAAGUGAUCAAAACACAUCACUAAGUAAAGAUCAAGUGUGAGUGUAAAGUGUUGUGAUUGUGUGAAAAUGUGCCAAAGAACCACAGCAGAGUACGAGGAGGAACUUUGUCCAACAAAAGAGGAGAAGGAGCGACAACAUGAAAAACAUCAAGUUGUGUUACACAGAACAGACAUCCAUCAGCUGAUUGGACACCAAGAAGAAUGUCUCCCUCAUCUGCAGGGGGACAGUUUCACUUUAGAGUAUCCACAGCCCUCACAUUUUAAAGGGGACAAGGAGGAUCCACAGCCCUCUUAUUUUAAAGAAGAAGAGGGGGGAGAGUGUCCUGUAGGGCAGGAGGAGGCUGAUGUCAGCAAGUUUCCACUGACUGUUGUCUUUGUGAAGACUGAAGAGCAUGAAGACAAACCACCUGAGUCCCCACAGCUUCAUCACAGUCCAAACGUCUGUGAAGAACAUCUUCUCCCUGAGCAACAGAAGUGGAGCUUCAGGAUGGAGCCACAGCCCUCCCACAUUAAAAAGGAAAAGAAACACCCACUGAUCCCCCAUUUUAAAGCGGAAGAGGAUGACCCACUGACCACUCACAUCAAAGAGGAAGAGGAGGACUCAUUGACCCCCAAUUUUAAAAAGGAAGAGGAGAAGCCACUAAUAACCCAUUUUAAAGAGGAAGAGGAGGACCUACUGACCCCUUACUUUAAAGAGGAAGAGGAGGACUCAUUGACCCCCAAUUUUAAAAAGGAAGAGGAGAAGCCACUAAUAACCCAUUUUAAAGAGGAAGAGGAGGACCUACUGACCCCUCACUUUAAAGAGGAAGAGGAGGACCAAGAGGCGCCGCACAUUAGAGAGGAAGAGGAGGAAGAGGGCAUCAGUCAGCCUAAAUGGUUGGAGGAGUUCCCAGUGACUGGUGUCCCUGUGAAGAGUGAAGAUGAUGAGGUGAAAGGUGAAAGUGAGGAGAGGGGAGGGGGGGAGCCUCCAAGCAGCAGCUCAACACAACACAUGACAACAGAAGCUGAUGGAGACCACUGUGGAGGAUCACAAGCAGACAAGCUCUUAGCUCCACUAUCAGAUAGUGAGGACACAACGUCACACUCUCCUGACACUGAUGAUGAAGACUCUAAAGAUGAUAAGACAUGUCACACUGACAACACUCACUUCACAUGUUCUCUCUGUCACAAAACUUUUAAAUACCAUUGUCGUCUAAAAUCACACAUGAGAACACACACUGGAGAAAAACCUUUCUCUUGUUCAAUCUGUGGUAAAUGUUUUACACAAAGUAUCAAUUUGAAAGCACACAUGAGAACACACACUUGUGAAAAACGUUUUUCCUGUUCAACCUGUGGUAAAGGUUUUACACAAAGUCAGAGUUUGAAAAUACAUAUUAGAACACACACUAGAGAAAAACCUUUUUCUUGUUCACUCUGUAGUAAAGGUUUUACACAAAGUAUCAAUUUGAAGGUACACAUGAGAACACACACCAGUGAAAAACCUUUUUCCUGUUCAAUCUGUGGUAAAGGUUUUAGAGAAAGUCAACAUUUGAAAAGACACAUGAGAACACACACUGGUGAAAAACCUUUUUCAUGUUCAAACUGCGGUAAACAUUUUACUCAGAGGCCAGAUUUAAAAGUACACAUGAGAACACACACUGGAGAAAAACCUUUUUCAUGUUCUAUCUGUGGUAAAGGUUUUACAAGAAGUCAACAUUUGAAAGUACACAUGAGAACACACACUGGUGAAAAACCUUUUUCAUGUUCAAUCUGCGGUAAAGAUUUUACUCGAAGGGAAAAUUUCAAAAAGCACAUGAGAAUACACACUGGAGAAAAACCUUUUCCUGUUCAAUCUGCAGUAAAUAUUUUGCGCAACGACACUAUUUGAAAGAACACGUGAGAACACACACUGGAGAAAAACCUUUUACAUGUUCAGUAUGUUGUAAAAGUUUUUUACAAAGUCAGCAUUUGAAAAGACACACGAGAAGACACCCAGGAGAGAAAGUGUUGAGUUGCAGUGUGUGUGGUGAAAGAUUGUCUUCUAAG